GGACUGGACUCAGCUUGAUAUUAGAAUACUGCAUCUCCAUCAACUCCAUCAACCUGCUGACGAACAUCUAGGUUUUAUUAUACCUGUCACAUCUCAUCAUGGGCAGUUUAUAUCUCUCAAGAGGUCGGUGUAUUCUCCGGCAGGUGUUCUUUGGCCUACCCAGCAUGCUGCAGCGGCAUUACAGCCUCGAUGUGUCAGCGCAGCUCCUGCGGACUCAAGCCUUCAUAGAAGGGCGCUGGGUCUCCGCUGCAUCCACGUUCCCCGUGUUAGAUCCAGCCACGGGAGAAGAAAUCGCGAAGGUGUCAGACUGCGGUACAAAGGAAGCUCAAGACGCUGUCAAUGCUGCAUACAAAGCGUUUCACCUGUGGAAGAAUCACACAGCCAAGGAAAGAAGCAUUUUAUUACGAAAAUGGUUUGACCUGAUCAAUCAGCACAAGGAAGAUCUUGCCAAGUUGAUCACAGCAGAGUGUGGGAAGCCUAUGAAGGAGUCUAUCGGUGAGAUGACAUACUCUGCCUCCUUCCUGGAGUGGUUUUCUGAAGAGGCCAGACGCGUGUAUGGAGAUAUUGUCGCACCUCCAGCCAAGGACCGCAAAAUCCUCUUACUCAAGCAGCCAGUGGGAGUGGCUUCCAUCAUUACACCUUGGAAUUUCCCCAGUGCCAUGAUCACCAGGAAGGUGGGCGCAGCACUGGCGGCGGGCUGCACUGUGGUGGUGAAGCCAGCUGAGGAUACACCUCUCUCUGCUCUGGCCCUUGCUGAGCUGUCGGUUCAGGCUGGUAUUCCUCCUGGGGUGUUUAAUGUAGUGCCCUGCUCGAGAGCAAAGACCCCUGCUGUGGGGGAGCUGCUCUGCACAGACCCUCUUGUUGCCAAAAUCUCAUUUACUGGCUCCACGGCCACUGGCAAGAUACUACUAAGACAUGCUGCAGGAACAGUCAAAAGGGUCUCCAUGGAGUUGGGAGGACAUGCCCCGUUUAUUGUAUUUGACAGUGCUGAUGUAGAUAAAGCCGUUGCAGGAGCGAUGGUUUCCAAAUUCAGGAACUCAGGCCAGACCUGCGUGUGCUCCAACCGCUUUUUGGUGCAGAGUGGAAUCCAUGAUGCUUUCAUUCAGAAGCUGGCCAAGGCUAUGGAUGAUGAACUGAAGCUUGGACAUGGCUCAGAGCCCACCACCACACAAGGGCCGCUCAUCAACACCCGCGCCGCAGAGAAGGUGGAGAACCAGAUUGCAGAUGCUGUGGCACAGGGAGCAGUCAUAGUUCGAGGUGGGAAGAGACUGGAGGGCUCCUUCAUGCAGCCCACCCUGCUGUCCAGUGUCAACACUGACAUGCUCUGUAUGCGAGAGGAGACCUUCGGACCCCUCAUUCCUGUUGUUAAGUUCAACACAGAAGAGGAGGCACUCGCCAUUGCCAAUGCUUCUCCUGUUGGUUUAGCAGGUUACUUUUACUCCAGAGACAUCAGUCAGAUCUGGCGGGUGGCGGAGCAGAUGGAGGUGGGCAUGGUUGGGGUCAACGAAGGUCUGAUUUCUGCCACAGAAGGCUCAUUUGGUGGUAUCAAACAGUCUGGAAUGGGCAGAGAAGGAUCCAAAUACGGCAUUGAUGAGUAUCUAGAAAUAAAGUACAUGUGUUUGGGGGGACUCUCUCUUUAAAUACUUUAUUUAAGCAAUACUAAAAACAUGAAUCCACUGUGAACUAUUCUAUUUUAAUCAUAUUUAACUGGAUAAUGACUAUACUGACUAUAGAUAUUUGUUGUAAAAAUGGGUACAAAUAGUCUUCUUUGAGAUUCUGUCCAUCAUAACUGAUUGAUGUAAACUUGUAAGUCUGAAAUAAGAUCUUGAACACUAAAAAAAUAUAUAUUUUUAUCACUGAAAAAUAUCUAAACAGACUUAAAGCAUGAUAAUUUUACUUUUGUGUUAUAUUAGAUAAGAUA